UUAGCACAUGCAACUAUAACCUGAAAAUGGCAGGUCCACAGAAGAAACGUUUAGUGGCCGAAAAUCAAUCAAAUGAUACUACUCAACAAACCGAAAUUCAAGCUGACUUUGAAGGAAGAAAUCCGGAAUAUGAAGAUUUCCAUGGUAUCAAACAGCUACUGCAUCAGCUUUUUCUUAAAGCACAUAUUGAUUUAGGGGCUUUAACUGAACUUAUUUUAAACCAGAAAGGCGUAGGAAGUGUUUUGAAACAAAGUUUUGAUGAUUAUGAUGAUGAAGAUGAUGAAGAUCUGGUUGAUGAAUCAGAAGUUUUUGGUAUUUCCACAAUAGUAAAUUUAUCAGCAAAAAGUAAUUCAUCUGUAGUACAAGAACUGUUUAGUUACUUGAAGGAUUUAGCAAGUCAAUAUUUAAAAGGAAAUGAUUUAGAUAGAGUCAAAGAUAUUUUAUCAGGAUCCUUAAAAGUUGGUCUCUUACUUAAUGAACGCUUUAUAAACAUUCCUCCAAAGGUUGCAGAUCCCUUAUUAAGUUCAUUAGAAAAAGAACUAAAAAGUGUCUCAAAGAAAGACUCAUCUUAUAAUUUUGACUAUCUUAUAGCAGUUUGCAAAACAUACAAAAAUGGAAAAACCCAAGAAGAGUUUUACACUAAUCAAGAAGAAAUAAUAUUUUGUAAGGAAUGUGAAAUUUCUUUUGAAUUAUCAGUAGCCGGUCAAACAGACACAGGACUUGGAGGCAAAUGGACGGAAGAUGAUAUUGAAAUGACACCUUAUAGGAAAGUAUUGUUUAUUAAGUCUAAUAAGUUUCCUGUUAUUGUAAAUUCUGUUAAAGAACUUGUUGCUUAAUAAAUAAAAAAAUUACAAUUACAA